UCACGUGUCUCACUGUAGAAAGUUUGACAAGUUGGUCGACAUAAGUGCUCUGUUUUCCCGCUAUCGAAAACCUUGGAUGUCAUUUUCUCGUGUCUUCUUCUUCGAUUAAUAACAACCUUGAAAUCUCACCUGGAAUCGAAGUGUUUUCUGUUAGCGACGCUAUAAAAACACACCGAAAAACAUGGAAAUCGUGCAGAAAGUCAUGUCGGGGUUUAGUCUGGAUUUGGGACCAUUGAAAGAGCCGCUGGGAUUUAUCCGAAUCCUGGAAUGGGUGUUCACCAUUUGUGCCUUUGCCACCACUGGUGGUUAUGUUGGAUUCACUCAGUUCACCAUUGAUUGUGGAAGUAAAAAGGAAGACAUUACUGCUAAUUUUGGAUAUCCUUUUAGGCUCCCGAGUCAGCCAUAUGAGAUUCCUCACUGCAAUCAGACAAGGAACGUGACUUACCUGCAGGGGGAUUUCUCCUCCUCGGCCGAGUUCUUCGUCUCAGUGGGCGUCUUGGGCUUCUUGUACUGUACUUUCACCAUCAUCCUGUACUUGGGCUACCAGCAGGUUUACAGAGAGUCUAACCGUGGCCCGGUCAUUGAUCUGAUUGUGACGGGGAUCUUUGCUUUCUUGUGGCUGGUUUGCUCCUCAGCCUGGGGAAAAGGUUUAACAGAUGUCAAAUAUGCUACGGAUGCUGACAGGCUAAUAAAGGCUUGUGUGCCUGAUACAUGUGUGGUGAAGACCUACGCUUUAAUGGGUCGACUCAACUCCUCUGUGCUCUUUGGAUUCCUGAACCUGAUAUUGUGGGCAGGCAACUGCUGGUUCAUCUACAAGGAGACUCCGUUUCAUAAGCCGGCCAAUCCACCGCCCAGCGUCGAGGGGGGAGUUUCCACCUCCUAAUUAGACAAGACGGGCUCCAUCCUCUCCUCUCCAUUUGUUCAUAAAGCAGAGGAAAGAAACUACACUUUGACAUGCAAAAGCUUUUUUUCUAGCAUCAUGCAUCGCAGUUCAUUACAUGCUCUAAGAUGAAUUCAACAUUUCUUUAUAGUUUUUUUUAUUUUAUUUUGGUGUUUAUUUAAUGACACUGGUCAGAAGCUAAUUUUGUCACGCAGGUAAAAAAAAAGAAACCAAAUGAUUUAUUAGAUGUCAGUUACAACUUACAAUAAACUUGUUUUAGGUUCUAGAUGUUUUACGUUUGAAUGAAUUUGUCUAAUUUGAUAUAAAGUUGACCUGCAUUUUGUACCUCUAAUGUCCACUACAAUCAGACCUUGUGAGAAACAGACUUUGCAUUUGAAAGCUCUUAUACAAAACGUCUUUGAGCACUUAAAAUACUAGCACACUAAUAUCUAGCUCCAGACAUUUAAGCUUGUCUUUGCCUGUUGCUUAAAAAACAAAA